UAUCUGCACCACAUUUCAUGGCAUUCCAUCCAAAUAUUUCACCAAAAAAACUGAACCUGCAGGUGAAGAUUGAGAACAAGUUAAAAUCAGGAUUCAACAGUUGAGAUAUUUCAGUCUGGACCCACAGAAAACAUACCGAAAGCAAAAAUCUGUCUUUAUUGACUUUAAGAUGAACAAUUCAUAAAAAACCUGAGUACAUUUUAUUAGUUUGGAGGAAAGUCAGCCAGAUGACUGAGAGAGUCAGUAUUAAGUAUUGUAUGCUUGUACAUGUAGUAUUGUAUGCACUGUAUGAAUGUAUUCAGUGGAUACCUCCAUCUUUAAUUAUAAACUGUUCACACAGAAUUUACUCUAAACCCUCAUUCGCAUAUUCUGGAACACGGUGAUCAAAGGCACAGAACUUACAGCACUAGAACACUCAGUUAGUUCCCUUAGAUAUACUGCAGUCUUGAAGCAACAAGCACUAGAAAGGUGUUAGAAAGGUCUUCAGCAGUCUUCUUAUAAUGGGCAAAAUAUUAGGAAAGCUCUUCAAAGCUGAGGAGAAGGACGUCAUCCCUGGAGAAGUAAAUAGAGAAGAGACUGAAGAUGGGGAAAGCCGACAGAGGGGGGAAAGCAGGCAACUGGACCCCAUCUCCUGUGAGGAUAUUAGUGUCGUCCCUGGACGACUAAAAAGGAAACAAACGGAAGAUGGGGAAAGCCUACAGAGGGAGAAAAGCAAGAGACUGGUCCCCAUCCCCUGUGAUAAUGAGUUGACAUCCAACUCAAAGGAUAUUAGUGUCGUGCCUAGACGACUAAAGAGAAAACAAACGGAAGAUGGGGAAAGCCUACAGAGGGAGAAAAGCAAGAGACUGGACCCCAUCCCCUGUGACAAUGAGUUGAAAUCCAACUCAAAGGAUAUUAGUGUCGUCCCUAGACGACUAAAGAGAAAACGAAGGGAAGAUGGGGAAAGCCUACAGAGGGAGAACAGCAAGAAACUGGUCCCCAUCCCCUGUGACAAUGAGUUACUGUCCAGCUCAAAGGAUAUUAGUGUCGUCCCCAGACGACUAAAGAGAAAACAAACGGAAGAUGGGGAAAGCCUACAGAGGGAGAAAAGCAAGAGACUGGACCCCAUCAACUGUGAUAAUGAGUUAACAUCCAACUCAAAGGAUAUUAGUGUUGUGCCUAGACGACUAAAGAGAAAACAAACGGAAGCUGGGGAAAGCCUACAGAGGGAGAAAAGCAAGAGACUGGACCCCAUCCCCUGUGACGAUGAGUUGCCAUCCAGCUCAGAGGACACUGAAAGCAGAAACGCACCCGAGGCGGCUCUGAGCGAGAGAAGCGCUAAGAGGAAGUCGGUCGCCGAUGACGGACCGGUUCAGAAGGAGAUCAAGUUUCUAGACCCGUCAGCCAUGUUUAAGGCCAAGUACCAACUGCAGCAGAAACUUGGCCAAGGAGGAUUUGGAUGCGUGUAUGCUGGCUAUCGCAGAGAGGAUAAUCUGCCUGUCGCCAUCAAGCAUGUUAACAUAGACGAAGGGCUCUUCCUUCACCAAGAUAGUGAUGGGAACCUGAUGCCCAUGGAGAUCGCUGUCCUAUACAAACUAGGAGUCGAAUCAGAGCGGCAUUCAGCACACAUUGACCUACUGGACUGGUACGUUGUGGACAAGGAUCUGAUCCUGGUGCUGGAGAGACCGAUGCCGGCCGUAGACCUCAGCCACUACGUUGACGACAAAGGAGGCUUCUUGAAGGAAAAGGAAGCUAAGAUUAUAAUUACGCAGUUGGUGAAUGCAGCCAUUGACCUCCAGGAGAAGCACAUUUUCCACCGGGACAUCAAGCCGGAAAAUCUCCUUAUUGAGACCUGCAUGAACGCUCUGCGAGUUCGCGUCAUCGACUUCGGUCUGAGCUGCUUCGGCGGAGAAAACGACGCCUAUGACACCUUUUAUGGUACUCACUUCCCCCCAGAGUGGUUCAGUCGGCAGGAGUACAAAGCGGGACCCUCGACAGUAUACCAGAUCGGAGUGGUCCUGUUCUUCAUGCGACACAAGGUGGCAUCUCCACCGGCGAUGACCCUUCUGGACCUGAAGGAGACUAGAUGGCUUUCCGAAAAUGGCAAAGAUUUCUUUGAGGCGUGUAUAUGUGCGGACCCGGAUAUUCGUUUCACCCUGGAGCAACUGAGGAAUCACCCGUGGCUGAGAUAGUAUCACACACACACACACACACACAUCUUAAUGUACAGUUAAACCCUUACGCCCUUCACUUAUUCCUCAUACGUCUGACAAUCAAUUUUUACCCCCUGUCAUCGUAACACCAGCCGCGCAGAUCAGCUGGUCCACUCUAUUCAAUAAGCACAAGGAAACAAUGAUAUGGUUAGCCUAUCAUCUUGCUGCUGUCAAAUUUAAAUGUGACUGUCUCUCUACCGUCAGUUCAUUCAUGUUGCUGUUAUGCACAAUUCAUGCCGCUAAAAUGCGCGCUCCGCAUUCAUUUCUUUCAAGGUGAAGACAAUAAUCACAACGUCGCACCCGGAUCUUCUCCUCGAUAAUAUAAAUAUGGGCAGACUGCGGCCAGGAGCCUAGUCGCUGCCCAAACCGUAACAUUGUUCAAUCUCUGGCAUUUCCCUGUUCGACGGGAGAAACAUUACCUUAAAUCCCAUUAUAGCGGCGGGCCUCAAAUAAUCUCUCUACUAUAAAGGCUGGUCCCAUCAUUUCCAGUCAAGAUGACUCAAAAGAUUUGAUCAAUACACAAUUCAGCCAAUCACGUAUUCAGCUAAUUAUUAUAAAAUAUGGGCAGACUGCGGCCAGGAGCCUAGUCGCUGCCCAAACCGUAACAUUGUUCAAUAUGUGGCAUUUCCUUGUUCGACGAGAGAAACAUUACCUUAAAUCCCGUAAUAGUGCCAUCCGUGCACGCCUUAGGGCCGGAUAUCCUUAAACUCCUGCCGAAAAAAAAGCAUUCCCUGCGGCCGGCUCUUUGUGCCAGCGGCUCCCGCGCUCCGCUUUAAUUUAACUUCAAUCUUUCAUCAUUCAAGGUGAAGACAUUUAUCCGCUUGUCACACCCGGAUCUUCUCCUCGAUAUAAUAUAAAUAUGGGCAGACUGUGGCCAGGAGCCUAGUCGCUGCCCAAACCUUAACAUUGUUCAAUCUCUGGCAUUUCCCUGUUCGACGGGAGAAGAAUUACCGUAA